AUGGAUUCUAAAACAAUCGACGAGAAGGCGGUGCCUUGUAUCCCAGACGAUGUGUAUCCUUUGCAUACUCUUGAUUACAAUCCAAAUUAUGUGGAUUGGGUGAUGCGAUUCAACGAUGUUUUGGAUGCCGACUUGUUGAAGAAAUCGCUUUCCAGACUCCUUGAGAUUGGUGAUUGGAGAAAGCUUGGUGGAAGAUUCAGAUACAGACCGGACGGCAAACUAGAAAUCUUCGUUCCAGGAUCAUCUGCGGGAGAAAGAGAAAAUGUAUCUUUUACACAGGCAGUGAUCGAGUCCAACAUUCUAGACCACCCUGCCGGUAGUAAACUCCCAGUGAAAACCGAUGGCCCUUCGCUCUAUCGCAUGGAACCCGAAUUUCGGCCCUUUGAUAGUCGGCCAAACUUUCCGAUAUUUGAGGAGAUGACCAAACACGAUAUCCCGCCUAUUUCCGUACACAUGACCUCGUUUAAUGAUGCAACUAUUCUCGCCCUAUCAUGGCCACACCAGCUGAUGGAUGCUAUGGGUGGCAAAGCUUUGCUGGCUGGAUGGUCGUCAGUGCUGGCUGGGCGAGAAGAAGAAGUUCCCGAGGUGGUGGGCGCCCGAGAGGACAUUCUUGAUCAUCCCGAGAUCACAGCUAAAGCCGAAGAGGAAUUUAUCUUGGAUAACAACCGCAUCAGUGGUCUAGGCUAUUUUAUGUUCCAACUACGAUUCUUUUGGGACUACCUUUGGAGUGGAGCUCGGGAGAAGCGAUGCAUUUACCUUCCGAAAGAAUCUUUCCAGAAAAUGAAAGACGAAGUCAAAGCAGAGAUCGCUGCAAACGCGACUGACCGCGAGGAUACCCCUUGGGUGAGUGAGAAUGACAUCCUCACAGCGUGGGCAGCCCGGGCCUUCGCCUCCUCUGAGCCAACCUCCCGUCCCAUCACAGUCUUAAACUUCUUAAAUCUUCGGUUCCGAAUCCCGCUUUUGCUCAAAUCGACUGGUGUGUUCCUUCAAAACAUUUGCGUCGGGACAUUCACAUUCCUUUCUGCUCCAGUCGCUCGAGGUCCACUUGGACAGAUUGCACUUGAAAAUCGACGCCAUACUGCUGAACAAGGAACCGAUGAGCAAGGCCGCCGAUUGAUGAGAAGCAUGAUCGAUGAUAUUGAGGCGGGCAAGGGUCCUCGAAUCUUUUUUGGGCCAACAGAUGGUGUUUACAUGAUCGUCAACAAUGUUAUCAAGAUUGAUUUGAUCAAAACUGCUAAGUUCGGCCCGGCAGUCAUUCGCCAGGGAGAAAGUUCAGAAACCAGAAAGAACCCCCUGGGAAGCAUGGUCAGCUACUACAACGAAUAUCUCGAUCACAUGUACGAUGCUUUCAACGCUUUCGUGAUGUAUGGAAAGGACCAUGCCGACAACUACUGGCUCGGUGGUGCUCUCUUACCUAGAGCUUGGAAGGCCAUUGAGGAGUCGCUGGAGAAGUUGAAAUAA